AUGGUAGAUUGGCAAAAGGCACUUCUAAUGAUGUUAUUGGCGCUCCUAAUCUACCCAAAUGAUAUUUUUGGCGGCGCUUUUCAACCCGAAUUCUCUGGCCCUAUCACCAAUCUAACAGUGCCACUCGGGAGGGACGCCACUUUCACGUGUCUGGUGAAACAUCUAGGAGGUUACAGGGUCGGUUGGGUGAAGGCGGACACGAAGGCGAUCCAAGCGAUACACGACCACGUGAUCACGCACAACCAGAGGGUGUCUGUGUCCCAUAGCGACCACUCUAUAUGGAAUCUACACAUCAAGGGUGUUCAGAAAGAGGACGGCGGCCUUUAUAUGUGUCAAAUCAAUACGGAUCCCAUGAAGAGUCAGACAGGUAUGCUGUCUAUUGUUGUGCCACCCGAUUUCGACCCCGAAGCUACGUCAAGUGAUAUGAUGGUGGGUGAAGGCGGCCAGGUGAAGUUAACGUGCCGGGCGAGAGGCGUACCCGAGCCGCGCGUAUCCUGGCGUCGGGAAGACGGCAAGCCCAUUAUAAUUCGGGAGCCAUUUGCAGGAAGCGCCCCGAACCAGAAGUCUCACGUAGCUCAUCAGUCUGAAUUUCUCGGCGAAGAACUGAAGCUGACGAAGAUCUCGAGGAACGAGAUGGGAGUUUAUUUGUGUAUCGCCAGCAACGGGGUUCCGCCCGCGGUCAGCAAACGUAUUUAUAUCAACGUUCAUUUUCCGCCAGUGAUUCAGGUACCCAAUCAGCUGGUCGGCGCGCCCUUGGGGACCGACGUGGUUCUGGAAUGUUUCGUCGAAGCGUCGCCGAUGUCGAUUAACUAUUGGGUCAAGGACCCUAAGGGCGCGAUGAUAAUAUCCAGCGUCAGGCACGACGUCCAAACGGUGACGAAGUCACCGUUCGAGGUCCGGAUGAUCCUGACGAUCCGCAACUUGCAGAAAAACGACGUGGGAACGUACCGGUGUGCAGCCAAAAAUUCCCUCGGCGAGGUCGAGAGUAGUAUUCGAUUAUACGAGAUCUCGGGGCCGGCGAAGACGCAAACACCGGUGUUAACGUUGUUCUAUGACGAAGAGGACGAGGUAGUGUUCGGUUCAGCGGAGAUGGACAAGACGGAGAACAAGCCACUGGCGGUGGAUAACACGGUCCACGGACAUAUGGGUUAUCCGUCGCUCGCCACGCCGUCCUCCACGAUUCGCGUCGGCAAGAAACGACCGAUCAACGUCAGCUCGGGCGCUGAUCCUUAUCCACGACGGUUCUUCGUUCUGAUAUCACCGCUGUUGUCGCUUCUAAUCGUUUGCCGAAGAUGGUGA